AUGCGAGCCUGCUGGAGGACGUGGUGCGUCGCCCUGGCCUGCUGCCUGUGGCUUCUGGGGCCAGCCCCGGCCCCAGCCCGCGGCGCCGACCAGCAUGGGGAGGGGGAGGCGGGGGCGGAGGCGGAGGACGCGGCGCCGGUCGUCGAAAUAGCCGACGGCAAGGUGCGCGGCCGAGUGAUGACGUCACGAAGCGGCCGCCGCUUCUACGCCUACCUCGGCAUCCCGUACGCAGAGCCACCCGUGGGGCCGCUGCGCUUCGGGUUACCCAUACCGCCAGAGAAAUGGGACGACGUGCUGAAUGCCACGAAGGAAGGCAGUCCGUGCCCACAGCUGACAUACCCAGAACUCAAGUACAGGGGCAAGGAGGACUGUCUCUACUUGAACAUCUUCACCCAUCAGAUUUCUGAGACACCUACGCUGGAAGAGAUGGAACUUCGGAAGGAUGUUAUCGUUGUCAUCCACGGUGGCCGAUUCACGACAGGCAGCGGUAAGAUGGCAGACUUGUCUCCGGAGAAUUUCAUGGACCACGACGUCGUACUUGUUACAUUCAACUACCGUCUGGGCCCUUUGGGCUUCCUGGCGGCCGGGCACGCGGCGCUGCCGGGCAACUACGGCCUCAAGGACCAGCACCGGCUGCUCACCUGGGUGCGCCGCAACGCCAUGUACUUCGACGGCAACGAGGGCAGCAUCACGCUACUCGGCCACGAGGCGGGCGCCGCCAGCGCACACUUCCACGCCAUCUCGGAGUACAGCAAGCACCGGUUCUCGGCGGUGGUGUCGCUGUCCGGCACGGCGCUGAGCCCGUGGGCGCACGUGUCGACGGCCGAGGCGCGCAGGAGGGCCUUCCGGCUGGGCGAGCUGGUGGGCUGCCCGCCGGAGCAGCUGCAGGACGCGCCGAGCCUGCGCGCCUGCCUCUCUACCAAGUCCGCCAAGGCGCUCGUCCGGCACGCUGCCAACGUCACCGACAGAGGGACACCGUUCGCGCCUACACUGGAGCCUUUCAUGCCACGUAACCGCACGCUGCGCUUCAACACGACGGAGAAGAUGAUCGAGUUCUCGGUGGUCAUAAAAGAGCAACGUUCCUGGAUCAUAGGCACCAACAGCCGCGACGGUCUGGCCCAGGCGUCCAAGGUGCUGGAGUCUCCUGAACUGAUGCAGAAACUCAACGACGAUCCAGAAACAGAACUUCCCAAAUAUUUGGGCAUCGUCGUCGAGGGUGAACCAGAAAUGAUGGCGAAAAUAGGAAGGCGUGCUUGGGAAUAUUAUUUUGGAGACGAGAAGCUCACCAAGGACAACAUAAACCUGUUGGUGGAGAUGACGGGCGACUUCAACACGUUUCACGGCGUGUCGAGGAGCAUCGAACUGCACACUCUCCACACGUCGCUGCCGAUGUUCGCGUACCACUUUGACUGGAAUGGUGACGGCGACUCCGGCAGCCAGGGCGAAUGUAUACAAGAAAUUGCAAAAUAUUUCUUUCCAGGACUACCAGAAGAUUACGACUUCCGGCUGAUGCUUCCAAAGACGGUGGACGGAAAGAAGACUGAAUAUACAGAGAAGGAACAGAAAUUCGCCGAAAGAAUGCUGCACAUUAUAUUGAACUUUGCGCACGAGGGGGACCCGACCCCGGAGCCGGACCCCGUGCUGGACGACUUCUCGUGGCACGACGCGGUGUUUGCCAACUACUCGUACCUGCUGCUCGGGGAGACGCUGGACCUGGAGAGCGGCGGGGUGCACGGCGAGCGCGUGGCAUUCUGGGAGGAGGCGCUGGCCGAGGCGCGCGCCGCCGAGCUGCGGUCGGAGGAGGAGAUCCGCGACGAGCAGCGCCGGCUGUUUGCCCAGGAGGAGGAGCGGCGCGCCGCGGAGGAGCGGGCGGCCGGCGGGCACAAGCCCGAGGAGGUCACCAAGGACCAGAUCAGGAAGAUCGAGCUCUGA